UCCACACCCUUCAAAACCUUCCUCCCUCCCUCUCUUACCCCAAAAGGUGGCACCACCAUUCACCACCACCACAAUGCAACCAUCCAUCACCGAUCCCGACGACCUAACCUCCAUGUCUCCGGAAACAAACCACAGCACAAGUUCAUGUUCCGAAGCCACCACAUUCACCACCCCCUCCUACUCCUCCAAACUACACCACCCACCUCCAUGUGAUCUUUGUUGGGACAAAAUCCAAAACCCUAAAUCUUCAACCCUUACCCUAGCCGACCUGCAAUUCGUGCAACGGUUAGGGAGUGGAGACAUAGGGAGUGUGUACCUUGUGGAGCUAAAGGGAGGGAAUGGGUGCUUGUUUGCUGCCAAAGUCAUGGACAACAAGGAGUUGGUCUCAAGGAACAAAGAAAAUAGGGCGAGGGUAGAAAAGGAAAUCUUGGAGAUUUUGGACCACCCUUUUUUGCCUACUUUGUAUGCUACUUUGGACUCUCCUAGGUGGUCUUGCUUGUUGACUGAGUUCUGCCCCGGCGGCGACCUCCACGUCCUCCGCCAACGACAGCCGGAUAAACGAUUCAAGGAAGCCGCUGUCAGAUUCUAUGCAUCAGAAGUGGUGGUUGCACUAGAAUACUUGCACAUGAUGGGGAUCAUCUACCGCGACCUCAAGCCCGAAAACGUACUCGUUAGAUCCGACGGUCACAUCAUGUUGACUGACUUCGAUCUCUCCCUAAAAGACGAAAAUUCAACAUCAACGGCUCUGGUUGUUUUUGAUGAAAAUCCACCACCCAAUAGUCACUCAACCGAUCCACCUCCAUCCGCCACGUCAUCGUGUAUUAUGCCCCACUGUAUGAUCCCCACCGUCGCUUCAUGCUUCCACAAAAAACGUAGACGAAAGAGAAGGCCAGGCCAUCGUGGGGCCUUCGAGAUAGUGACGGAGCCAAUCGACGUCCGUUCGAUGUCAUUCGUUGGGACCCACGAGUAUCUAGCGCCGGAGGUUGUACUGGGAGAUGGUCAUGGCAAUGCAGUGGAUUGGUGGACACUAGGCAUAUUCAUAUUUGAGAUAUUGUAUGGUACGACACCGUUUAAAGGAGCAGACCAUGAGUUAACGCUGACCAACAUAGUGGCUCGAGCCCUGGAGUUCCCCAAGGAACCAUCGGUUCCAGGGUCCGUUAAGGACUUGAUCACGCAACUGUUGAUUAAGGACCCAGCAAUAAGGCUGGGGUCCACCAUGGGAGCCACAGCAAUCAAGCACCAUCCAUUUUUUGAUGGGGUUAAUUGGGCACUACUUAGAUGUAUAUCACCGCCGUACGUUCCAUCUAGUGGUAUCAUUUCAACCGUUGAUAUUGAGGACCAUUCAGUGGAGUAUUACUGAAUAUCAUAAACAUCCCAGCAAAAAAAUGUCCCAGUCAUCUUAAAUGGGUACUUGUCAGUCGUCACUUGAUUGAGGUAAGCGCAAAGCUCACAAAACGAUGAUUGAACU